AUGAAUGGAAUGGCGAUCCCGAAUGGAUGUAGGCACUCACAAGCCUUAUCAGAAUGCUGUGCGAAUUCGAAACGAGAGGACGUGUUUUCUACUACGUAGAAGUUCGGUACAGGACCAUAUCAUAGUGCCUUAACGGACACAUACUCUAUAGGAUAAUGCAGUCCCAGAAGCGAUGGCUUAUCUGGGCAGUGGUGAUACUGGCCCUAAUAAAGGAUAUCCGUGGUAUAUACGACCCACGGACCAGCUCAGGACCAAAUUUUAACAUGAUGCCUCAAGUGCACAGCGAUUACAGUAAAGUGCACACUCACAAAGCUCGAUCUUACGAGCCGAACUACGCGCGAAGUGACAACAAUCCUCAAUACCAUGCAUCCCCGUACCAGCACACCCUGAAUUCUCCGGCAACAACACCAACGGUCACAACAGAGCUAUACAGGCGCCCUACUUCGGCAUCGAAAUUGUCGGAACCGAAGGUCGAAUAUGGCAAUGAAAACGUCAUAUUGGAUGCUAGCAAUCAGAAGCUUAGAGCAGGAAAAACAACAGACAACGAAAACUUCAAUGGUCUACAGUGUCCACCAUUACAAUCCGGUCACUUUGUGUACAUCAUGGAUUGCAGACAGUUUUUAAACUGUUGGAAAGGCCGCGGUUACAUCCAGAGUUGUGCCCCUGGGACAUUAUUUAAUCCGGAAAUUAGACAGUGUGAUCAUCCAUCCAAGGUGCAAUGCUUCACUUCGAACACGAUGGAAAGUUAUCAAGGCUUGUCUCAGUUGAGGAAACCUGGAAACCCGCAAUUUUCGGCUUUAACGGAUUAUGAUACUGGGUCUUUCCAAGUCACUGCAGUUAGAUGUCCACCCGAUGUGAUUGGACUUCGCGAACACCCUACAGACUGCAGGAAAUUUCUGAACUGCAAUGCAGGAUCUACUGUCAUUCAAGAUUGUGGACCGGGAACGGCCUUUAAUCCUCGAAUUUCCGUUUGUGAUCACAUACAUAAUGUGGAUUGUAAUCGAUACCAGAAUUUAAUAAAUUCCGUCCCUGUUCAACCAAAUAACCCCGACGCAGAGGAAAUUGAUGUUGAAAAUGUCACAUACGAUAUAGAUGUUCGAUUCAACGUCGAUGAACCAAAGCCGACAACUAGGCCAAAUAUUCCGCUGCAAGUCCCUCAACCUAUCUAUCAUCGAGCUGCUUCAAGUGAAAUUCGACCAGUAUAUGCACCACCAGCCAGCACAACUACCCCGCGAAUGAACCUAGCUAAUACACGAUACAACCCCACGUUGUACCGACCGAACGUCACCCCUAAUCCUAAUCGCCUACCCGGUGAUGAUUCGAAUCUUCCUAUCAGUGACGCACUUAAAAUGUUGCUCAAACCAUAUCUAACCAACAACGUCAUUCAACUCAAUAUGACUAAAGUCAAUUCCAUGAUGAGUUCUACUACCACUACCACAAAACUUGAUUUGGUACAACGUAGUGACCUCUCAGAUCUUCCAGUACUUGGAUUACACCAAACUCCAAAGCCCGAAAAUAAGCUGUCUCCCUACAUGGCAUCUCCGUUCAAUGUCAACUCGCUUCAAGCAGGACAAUCACCUUUCUACGGCAUGCCAACUAAUCGUCCUCCGACCCCGUAUGGUUUUAGACCUGUGAACUCCCACUUUAAUCGCCAGCAUGCGUCGCCACCUUUCUUCUACGAUCAACAAGCACAACCAUACCAUCCACUGCUCCGCCAACGCACAACUACUCCAGCGAUACGAAGCCGUUUCGGUGAAGAUUCACCACAAUGGCGACCAAUGGCCACUAGUUCAACUACAGCUCAGCCAACAACGACAACAGUGGAUCCAUGUAAAGAUAAGUUUAUUUGUGGUAAUGGAAAAUGCAUCGAACAAACACAAGUCUGCAACGGCGUUGAUGAUUGUGGAACUCGAGCUGACGAACGCAAUUGUAGCCACAUCGGGUAUGAAGUACGGCUGUCCAACAAACAUCAGGGACGAAUUGAGGUAAAGGUGUUCGAUAAGUGGGGCUAUGUAUGCGAUGAUAACUUUAGCAUCGAAGCGGGCAAUGUGUUGUGCCGGGAAUUGGGUUACGAGCAAGGAGUAUUGGAGUUGAAACCUAACUCGCACUAUCCACCUCAUAAGUCAAUGAUGAACGGUGACAACCCGAUAUUCAUCAUGGAUGAGAUCAGAUGUACGGGAAAUGAAUCUUCGUUGAAGGAAUGUACCUUCUCCGGUUGGGGAGUGCACAAUUGCAACGCCGAAGAAGUUAUGGGUGUAGUUUGUAAGACACCCGUGAUGACCUGCCCGAUUGAUUACUGGCUUUGCGAUACGUCAUCCGAGUGUGUUCCGGUGGGUUUCCUGUGCGAUAACGUAAUGGAUUGCGCUGAUGGAUCGGACGAAAGUGUUGCGCACUGUAAUGCUCCAUUAGAGAUGCGUCUUGCUGAUGGCCCUAGCCCAUCGGAAGGGCGAGUUGAAGUAAAGUACCGUGGUAUCUGGGGCACGAUUUGUGAUGACGACUUUGGUUUGCGGGAAGCUCGUGUCGUGUGUCGCCAGCUCGGGCUAAACGGAACAGCAGAGGUGCGAAAGAAUUUCUACAAGCAAGGUACGGGACAGAUAUGGCUGGACCAAGUCGUUUGUAACGGUAAUGAAACUUCGAUCGAUAAUUGUAUACACUGGCACUGGGGUGAACACAACUGUGGCCAUACUGAAGACGUUGGAAUUAGAUGCGGAACACCGAGGACCAACAGGCCAACACCUGCUCAACUUCGUUCUAUCGGCAAAUCACUUAAAUUCGAUUAUAUUGAAAAAUCCAGCAAAAUAUAUCCGGAUAGUUGUGGAAAGGUACAAGUGGAUCCAAAAGCAGUUAAGCCGACGUACGGUUCUCGUGUUAUUCAUGGUGGGGAAACAGUUUAUGGACAUCAUCCUUGGCAGGCUGCCCUUAGAGCGAAGAAACAAGGAAAAUCUGUACACUGGUGUGGUGCCGUUUUGAUAUCUAAGUAUCACAUUCUGACUGCGGCUCAUUGUCUAGUUGGAUACCCGAAAGGAGCAUACAUGAUUCGUCUGGGAGAUUACAAUACGGAAGCACUCGAACAGGCGGAAUUAGACAUAUUCAUUGAAGACUAUUACAUUCACGAACAUUUUAGGGAAGGCCAUCACAUGAACAAUGACAUUGCGGUAGUUCUCCUCAAAACCCCAAUUAGGUUCAACGAAUUCGUUCAACCGGUAUGUUUACCAGCGAAAAGUCAGGCGUAUCAGGACAGUAUGAACUGUACGAUUUCUGGCUGGGGAUCGACUCAGUCUGGAUCCUCAGCACAUUCGCUGGAACUGAGAGCGGCCAAGGUUCCACUGAUUUCGGAUACUGUUUGCAACCAACCGGAAGUCUACGGGAAUAAUGUCACCGAUGGAAUGUUCUGCGCCGGACCGCUGGAUGGUAAUGUUGACGCCUGCGAGGGAGACUCCGGUGGACCAUUGGUGUGCACGAGUGAACGUGGACACACACUAUACGGCAUCAUAUCGUGGGGAUUCCAUUGCGGCUAUGUCAAUAAGCCUGGUGUGUACGUGAAGGUUUCCCAUUAUCUGGACUGGAUCGAGCAAAAGCUUAAACAAUCCCUCCACAUGUACGGCACACCUCCCUUGUAUGGCCAACAAGCGCAGCAAUAUCACCCGCAACUUCGCGCACGCACAAAAUGCAUCGAACAGAUGCAAAUCUGCAACGGCGUGGAUUGUGAAACUCGAGCUGACGAACGCAAUUGCAACCAAACCAAGUAUGAACUUAGACUGUCCAAGAAACAUCUGGGACGUGUCGAGGUAAAGGUGUAUGACAAGUGGGGCUAUGUGUGCGAUGAUAACUUCAGCCUCGAAAAGGGUAACGUGCUGUGCCGAGAGUUGGGUUUCGAGCAAGGAGCAUUAGAGUUAAUUCCUGAUUCACACUACCCACCCAAUAAGUCGGCGAUGAACGGUAACUAUUCGAUAUUCAUCAUGGAUAAGAUCAGAUGUACGGGAAAUGAGUCUUCGUUGAAGGAAUGUGCCUCCUCCAGUUGGGAUGUGCACGAUUGCAACACCGAAAAAGUAAUGGGGGUAGUUUGUAAGACACCCGUGAUGACCUACCCGAUUGAUUACUGGCUUUGCGAUACGUCAUUCGAAUGUGCCCCGGUGGGUUUCCUGUGCGAUAACCGAAUGGAUUGCGCUGAUGGAUCGGAUGAAAAUGCUGCUCGCUGUAAUGCUCCAUUAGAGAUGCGUCUCGCUGAUGGUGCAAGCCCAUCGGAAGGGCGAGUUGAGGUGAAGUACCGUGGUAUCUGGGGUACGAUUUGUGAUCAUAAUUUCGGUUUGCGGGAAGCUCGUGUCGUGUGUCGCCAGCUCAGACUAAACGGAUUAGCGGAGGUGCGAAAGAAUAUGUACAAGCAAGGUACGGGACAAAUAUGGUUGGACCAAGUCGCUUGUAAUGGUAAUGAAACUUCAAUCGACGACUGUCCACACGGACACUGGAGUGAACAUAACUGUAGCCAUACUGAAGAUAUUGGAGUUAGAUGCGGAAUACCUCGAACCAGUAGGCCGACACCUGCUAAACUCCGUUCUAUCGAAUCCCUUAAAUUCGAUUAUGUUCGAAAAUCCAAAAAGAUCUAUCCGGAUAUUUGUGGAAAGGUACAAGUGGAUCCAAAAGCAGUUAAACCGACGUACGGUUCUCGUGUUGUUCAUGGUGGGGAAACAGUUUAUGGACAUCACCCUUGGCAGGCUGCCCUUAGAGUGAAGAAACAGGGAAAAUCUGUACACUGGUGUGGUGCCGUUUUGAUAUCCAAGUAUCACAUUCUGACAGCGGCUCAUAGUCUAAUUAAAUAUUCGAAGGAAGCAUUUAUUAUUCGUCUAGGAGAUUACAACACCGAAGUACUCGAUCAGGCGGAAAUAGAUAUGUUUAUAGAAGAAUACUACAUUCACGAACACUUUAGAAAAGGCCAUCACAUGAACAAUGACAUUGCGGUAGUUCUCCUCAAAACUCCAAUUAGAUUCAACGAAUUCGUUCAACCAGUAUGUUUAGCAGUGAAAAGUCAGCUGUAUCAGGACGAUAUGAUCUGUACGAUUUCUGGCUGGGGUUUGACGCAUUUUGGAUCAUCAGUUUAUUCACUGGAACUAAGAGCGGCUAAGGUUCCACUACACUCGGACGAAGUUUGUAACCAACCGGAAGUCUAUGGGUCUAAUGUCACCGAUGGAAUGUUCUGUGCCGGAGCGCUGGAUGGUGGUGUUGACGCCUGCGAGGGAGAUUCCGGUGGACCAUUGGUGUGCAGCAGUAAGCGUGGACACACUCUGUACGGCAUGGUAUCGUGGGGAUUCCACUGCGAUAGUGUCAAUAAGCCAGGUGUGUACGUGAAGGUUUCCCAUUACCUGGACUGGAUCGACCAAAAGCUUAAACAAUCCCUUCACAUGUACGGCGUGUAGAGAGUCGUUUCGGAAGUACCUUAACUUUCAAUAAUCUUAACCUCCAAGAAGAUAUACUGUUAUCAUCAUACA